CGUAAUUAAUAAAUUUAACUAGAAAGAUUUGCAUUGUACUUCUACGGAGCUAGACUAUGCGAUUUUGUAUAGCUUGGAGCACUGUUACAGUGUGGAAGGAUUCAUGAGGCUUUGUGUAACAUAAAAUAAGUCGAACCUUUAGUUUGUCGGUGAACUGACGUAGCGUCAUAAAGCGGGUGUUUUCUAGGUGCGCUAAUUUCUUCUCUCGAAGUCCCGCAAACUAUAGCUCUUUGACUCAUCUAUGACGGAAAUGGGUAACUCACAGCCAACAAGUACAACUUCAACAAACACUACUGGCGAGUCCACUCCACUGCUACUUAAACAUUUCGGCACUGGCCUAGACGGAACCCUAGUUGUGAACGAGGCCGAGACUAUAAAAGUGAACAGAUAUGCUCGAGUUCUCCAGAUAUCCACCAAAGGCAGCACAAAAAUAGAAGUCAGCUGUACAGAGAUAUUCACUACUGGAAAGGAAGUCUACAUUAUUCAGAUGAAAGGAUCUAAUGAUAGUCAAUCAUUGUUUGCAAGAAUAGUAUAUGUUGACCACAAAAACUCUAUUAUAACCAUCAACACUGAGUUAACUUUUAAUUGCAACUCAACAGGAAAUAAUCGCUGUCAAGUAGUGACGGUACCACACUUUGAAAAUGUCACAUUGAAAGCUCGAGCAACCAUUACUGCCGCUCCUUGGAAUGGAGAUAGUGGUGGAAUCAUAGUCUUUAGAAGCAAACAAAUAGUACAUGUGGGACAAACGUCAAGUAAAAUCUCUGUAAACGGAAUUGGAUUUCGGGGAGGAAGAUACGGAGCGACGUUGAUGCAAAAUGGCUCUCAUGGUACAUUAAACCUAUCAAAUAAAUAAAAUUAUAUCAAUUACCUCAAUUUGCUAAAGAAAUAAAAAUUCAAUAUUAAUAACUAAUUUAUGUUGACACUUACGUAAAGUUUGCUGGACUCCGAUCAUUAGAAGUUUUACAGUUGCACGCUAUACUUCUGACGUAAAACGUAAUUCUAAACGAUGUUGGUAAAAAUGUGUUAAUUAAACAGUUUCUA